CAGGAAAUUCUGCUGUUUAUACAUGUGUCUACAACACUGAGAAGCAAGAGCAGCCCAGCGAGCCCAGAGGGUAUAUACAGCUUGUACUCUGAAGUAUAUGGUGCAACUCUUCAUUGUUGGGUUUGAAUUCAUCCACUUCAACAAAUGCAAAGAAACCCUUGAAGACUCCAGAAUCAACAAAAGGAAUACGGAACACUGUGGAGUGAAAUUAGAUUAAGAAUUGAAAGAUGAAUCUCAGCUCUGCUCAGAAACUAACUGAAGAGAGACAGGAUUUUAAGGCCCAACCAAGACAGCCUUAUGAAUUAGCUGGAGGUAGCCAACCAGCUAGCAAUCUGUGCAAUUCAAAUCUCCCAUCUCAAAGUUUCUACCCAUAUUCUUCUCAUUACCCAUGUGUGUAUAUAAAUAACAGCAGCAAUUGGGAAAUUUAUGAAGCAAUAAGAAUUCGGGAACUGGAAGAAGUCAAAGCUAGAGCUGCCCAGAUGGAGAAGACCAUGCGCUGGUGGUCAGAUUGUACCGCUAACUGGAGGGAGAAAUGGAGCAAAGUUAGAGCAGAAAGAAAUAAAGCCCGAGAGGAAGCAAGACAAUUGAGAAUCAAAUUAGAGAUUGUUGUGAAAGAGCUGAGUAGGCUGAAAAAGAUAAAUCAAGAUUUAGUGAGUGAGAAAGAGAAUUUUAAAAACAUCAUUUCUUGGAAAAAGGAAUCCAGUUGUUCAGAAAUGCUGUGUAUAAAAGAAGACCUAAACCAGUUAAUGUCUCUGGAACAAGAACCUGUGAAAGAUAUGAGCAAAACCAAGGAGAUUCUGGUGAUAGAAGACACAAAAAAGGAUGUGGAAGUAGUCAAAGAAGUUCUAAGCAAACAAAAUAAAAAAAUUACUCCAAAGCUUCCUGAUUCUUUUCCCAAAGGAGUUUCCAGGAUUUAUUUGGAGGAACCUAAAAAAAGCCUGGACAAUACAACUAAGACAUCGGAAAAUGAUUUAAUACAUGUUUCUGUCUUGCAUUUGCAUUUGGCUGAGUUGCAGAAAAUCUUACAGAAGGAAAGAGAAAUGAAUAUGUUUCUGGAAAAAGAGGUGGAAAAGAUGGAAAAUGAUUUGUCUCUUUGGAAAUGGAAAUAUGAAGAACUUAAACAAUCCAAGCUGGAAAGUCUGAAACAGAUUUGGAAUCUGAUGAAAAUGAAUGAGAGUUUAUUUAUUUCAAUGGUGGUACAUCACAGAAAUGAGUAAAGAGAUAGAAGAAAGUGAACUCAGGAUCUGGGACCAGACGAAAUUCCUUGUAUGUUGCUGGAGACUCC